AUGGGUCCAGCUCAUUCGUCCACGCCUUCCGCCCUUUCCGCCGCGAUUGACGGCACCAGCGACGCGGCGUUGGAGGAGGCCAUCUCGUCGGCGCAGACCGCCAUAGCAGGGCUCGUGCAAGCCGUCCACGUGGCGAAGCGCAAGCAGCUCCAGCUCCGUCGAUCGCGGGAAUCCCGAGACGACUUGACCCACGGCGAUCACCCCCCCGUACCCGCCGCGACUCGCGUCGUGAACAAAGGAGGAGCCCCCUGUCCAAUCCACGUCGCCUAUUCCGCCGCUCCCGGCGGGCCCCGGUCCAACGCCGUGUCGCCGGCUUCCGCGGCAGCAUCCUUUCACGGCGGAGUAUCCGGGUUUGUCGGCGGGUCGAAUGCGGUUCCAGGCGCUUCUGGCGGUUACUUUCCACCAACGCAUUUCAUUUCAGGCGAUAGUCGCGCCGCGAGCUGCGGCGGCGGCGCGAUGGGUGCUGCGGCUCUAUCAGGAGGCGGUAGCAUGUGGAACCCCAUGAUUCCCGUUCCGCCGGCAUUCGCGGCGGGGUUCCACAUGCUGCCGCCCCCAGGGGUUCCGUUCGCGUCGCCUCCGCCCUCUGCCGCCGCGCUGGCUGCUUUCCGCGGAUUUGGCGGCGCCGCUGCGGCCGCUCCCAGCGGACCUGCCGCCAGCCCCGCGCCUCUGGGCGAGAAACGGCGCCGCGGACGACCGCGCGGGUCAGGUGCGGGAAACAAGCGCAGCAAAACGGCGGCCGCGGCGACGGCGGCGCCGGCGGCGGAUGUAGCAGGAGAGGAGCCGCAGGUCGCGUCCGCCACUGGCAGUGGUCGGGCGCUGAGUGACCGGCGCAAGUUACGCGGCCGCGAUGACCGAUCGAGCAAUCAAUCGAAACGCUCCGAGUCUCCUGCGGAUGGCAGCGGCAGCGGCAGCGGCAGCGGCAGUGGGGGAAGUGGUAGCAGAGGAGCAGGAAGCUCUGCUGCGGAGAGCGCUGAGUCCGAGAUCUCGGCUCCAACCAUCACGCCAGCGGAUGUGGCGUUAGGCACGCCAGAGGCGAUGCGCGCGCCGGGCGGCAUUGGGGGCGCCGGGAUGCACAAGGGCGUGCGGCAGCGGCGGUGGGGCAAGUGGGUGACGGAGAUUCGAGAGCCGAGCCGGCGGUCGCGCAUCUGGCUGGGGUCGUACGACUCGUGGGAGGACGCCGCGCGCGUGUAUGACAUGGCCGCCUGGCUGCUGCGCGGCCCCAAGGCGCAACUCAACUUCCCCCCGCCUCCCCCGCCGCCUCCGCCGCUGUCGCCGCCUCCCCCCAAGGACAAGUUCUGCCGCUCCGCUGCUACAGCCGGUGCAGGCGAUGCGGUUGGUGCAGGCGGUGACGAUGCUACAGCCGGGACGGCGGAAGGCUCGAGUGACAAGGCACCCCCGGCUCUGCUCCCCGUGCUGAUGCCGGCCGCUACAGCCGAGGCGCUGCUGACGGCAGCCCGUGGGUGUGCCACGUGGCAGGGCGCGGAGGACGCCAUUGCUGAGCUGGCAGCGGCGCUCAAGGCUGUGGAGGGCGAAGGGGGUAUGGUGGAGGUGACUGGUGGGGCGGCUGCUAGGAGGUUCGCGGCUGGAGAGUGGGUUGAGCAGCCGGUUGGUGAUGGUGCGGAGGGGUCUGGAGCGGUGGAGAGCGGUGCUGCGGGGGUGCAGGAGAGCGACUUGGAAGCGGCGUUGAAGCCGCUGCUUGCUGCAGUGGAUGGGGGGAAGAGCAGUGAAUCGGACAGCGAGAAGAGCAAUGACGACAGCAACGACGACGGCAGCGACAGCAAUGACGGCACUGGCGGUCGCGAUGGCAUUGACAGGCGUGACAGCCUCGACAGCCUGGAGUCGUUUCUGGAGGGCAGCAUCGCCGGCAGCAUUGGGAACCCGGAGCCUGACACGGACGCGCACGGCUCCACGGCUCGCUCCGAGUUCUCCUUCUGGCUGGACGGUGACUGCGACCUGGACUGCAUGCCCUCGCUGCUGCAGGAGACUCCUCUGGACGAGCUGGAAAUGAUGCAGAUGGGGAUGAUGGAGUGUGAAAGCAAGCUGGCUAUGGAGCAUGGGCGCAUGCUCAUGUUGGAUGAUGAUGCUACUUUCUCCGAUGGCUUGGACAUGCUGGGGCCUGUGCCGACUGUAGCAGCUACAGCUGUCGGUGGCCUGGGUUCCCAUGAGGGGCCCGGAGCGGGGGUGUUUCAGCAGCUGUCAGAGUUCAACCUGUGGGAUCUCUAA